AUGAUUGCAUGGGGUAUAGUAAUGACUUUGAUGGGUCUUGUACAUUCUUAUGGUGGUCUUCUUGCUUGUCGACUCGUGUUAGGUGCAGCUGAAUCUGGUCUUUUCCCAGGUGCUGCUUUUUAUCUAUCUAGUUGGUACAAAAGGCGUGAAUUAUCAUGGAGAAUAAGUAUAUUUAUUUCUGCCACUUCAUUAGCUGGUGCAUUUGGUGGUGUUCUUGCUUUUGGUAUCAGUCAGAUGAGAGGCAUAGGUGGACAAGAAGGUUGGCGAUGGAUCUUUUAUAUUGAAGGCAUCAUGACUGUUGUUGUUGGUGUAGCAGCUUUCUUUCUAAUCAAUGAUUUUCCAUCGGAUCGACCCAAGUUCUUAACGGAAGAAGAAUGUGAUCGAACAAUUACUCGAUUACAAAAUGAUGCUGGGCCGGGAGCUGGUGAACACUUCAGUUGGAAACAAGUUCGAGCAGCAUUUCUCGAUUGGAAGCUAUACAUUUUUUGUUUGUGUGAUAUUGGUCUACUUGUACCGUUGUACUCCCUCGCGCUUGUUUCACCAACCAUUGUUCAAGGUCUUGGUUUUCGAAGUUAUCGUGCACAACUUAUGACCGCACCUCCAUCUGUAUUUGCAUUCUUUACUACAAUGACAACAGCUUAUUUCUCUGAUCGAUACACAAGACGUGCUAUUUUUAUUAUGUUUUGGUUCAUCAUAGCUAUUAUUGGUUUUAUUAUUUUAAUAGUUGCACAAAAUCUAAAUGUUAAAUAUUUUGCUGUGUUCUUAGCAACAGGUGGCAUUUCAGGAUGUAACGCGAUAUGUAUCACUUUUCUGUCUUGCAAUAUUAGUCCACAUACAAAACGAGCAACUGCAUUAGCAUUUAUGAUAUCUAUGGGUAGUUUUGGUGGAGUAAUUAGUGGUCAAAUCUAUCGAUCUAAAGAUGGACCUCGUUUUAUUCUUGGUCAUGCAAUUAAUCUUGGAUUUUGUGUAUUAGGAUUAAUUAGUGUUAUUAUAUUAUUUAUUAGUCUUCGAUUAGAAAAUCAUCGUCGUGAUCGAUUAUAUGGUGUUGUGUCUAGUAGAAAUAGAAAGAUAAGUGUUAUAACGACAGAGUUGAAUAAAGAAGUUGUUGAUGUCUGUGGGAUUGGAAGCGAAGAAGAUCGACGAAAGUGGGGCUAUGAACAUAUGUCAGAAGAAGAAAUUCGGGAUUUAGGUGAUAGACAUGCUACUUGGCGUUAUAUCCUAUAG